AUGCCAGCAGCAGCAACAAACAGUUAUUGUUUUAUUAACGAACAUCGUUCUUCUCCCUCUUCUUUUCCAAAUAAUCAACAAUUAAUACUCCGCAAUAAAUUGCUUAAUAAUAAUAAAGAAGUAUUAAAUGAAGUUAAUAUUUUUAAUUACCACCAUGAUGACAAUAAAGAAGAAGAAAACAAAGAAAAUAUAUUAAAUAAAAAAAUAUUUAAUAAAAAUAAUGAUAAUAAUUUAAUAAUGAAAAGAAAAAUUUUGUUAUUAGACAACAAUAAACAUCAACAACAACAAUUAACUUUAUUAAUUAAUACUAAUUCUCAAAAAGAUGAAAAUAAUAAUAAUUUUAAUAAAUUGGAUAGUGAAAAGGAAAGGAAUUUAAGGUUUAAAUUUGAUAUUAAAAAUUGUUUUGGUUAUAUACUUCCCAGCACUUAUGCAAAAUGUUAUUUUCCAUCUUCACUUUACAGAAUUCUUUGUUAUAUUUCUUAUUUAUUUUGGUUUACAGUUGGAGUGUAAGUUUGGCACUAUGCAUUUAUAUGCUGCCAGCAUUUUACUUUUCCCCUCCUUUCUCCUAAAUUUUUAUUU